AUGAUAAAUUUUACCUUUGUACAAGGAUAUGGAUAUUCUGGCAUGUAUCGCCCCAUACGUUACAGGAGAUCCGCGUAUGCCCAACCACCGGUCUAUAACAAAUACGGUCACCAUGGAUAUGGUGGUGGCAAAGGGGUUGUUGGUGGUCCAGGAUUUGUUGGCGGUCAAGGAUUUGUUGGCGGUCAAGGAAUUGUUGGUGGGCAAGGGUUUGGUGGUGGGCAAGGGUUUAUUGGUGGGCAAGGGUUUGGUGGUGGGCAAGGGUUUAUUGGUGGGCAAGGGUUUGGUGGUGGGCAAGGGUUUAUUGGUGGGCAAGGGUUUGGUGGUGGGCAAGGGUUUAUUGGUGGUAAACGGUUUAAGGGUGGCAAACGGUUUAAGGGUGGCAAACGGUUUAAGGGCGGCAAACGGUUUAAGGGAGGUAAAGGGUUUAAGGGUGGCAGAGGUUUUAUGGGUGGCAGAGGUUUCGGUGACCAGUCUAGAUUCGGACAGAUGGGACAGCAAUUUGGUGGACAGUUUGGUUUCGGACAGCAGAUGGGACGUGGCUUCAACCGACGGUUUCGGGACUGA